UGAGCAUGGAAGUUUGACGUUGAGACAAAUUCAAGGGAAUUUUUACCUUUUUUAUCUCUUUUCUGGCUUUAAGUUUGACGUGAAAGGCUUCCAGAUGAACGGCCUUUCAUUUUCGGAGAUUUGCUGUUUGUUUUGUUGUCCGCCUUGCCCGGGCAAGAUAGCCGCGAAGUUAGCGUUCCUUCCCCCCGAACCGACAUAUUCAUUUCAAGAUUUGGGCGAUGGAAGCUUCGGGCUUCAUCUCACAGAGAAAGCUGAAUGGCAGUAUGGCCAGAAGGAGUUAGACUGUAUCGAGGUUUUCACGACGAAAACAAGCAAAGGUAAUCAAGUCGGUUGUAUGUACGUUCGAUGCGCUCCGAACGCUCGUUUCACCCUACUCUUUAGCCACGGGAAUGCUGUGGAUCUUGGACAAAUGUCAAGCUUUUAUGUUGGUCUUGGAACACGGAUUAACUGUAAUAUAUUUUCCUAUGACUAUUCUGGAUACGGUGUUAGUCAAGGGAAACCUUCAGAGAAGAAUCUUUACGCCGAUAUCGACGCUGCUUGGCAGGCAUUACGUACGCGGUAUGGAAUCAGCCCUGAGAAUAUCAUUGUUUAUGGUCAAAGUAUAGGAACUGUUCCUACAAUAGAUUUGGCGUCAAGAUUUGAAUGUGCGGGCAUUAUACUUCAUUCACCUCUUACAUCUGGGAUGAGAGUGGCUUUUCCCGAAACCAAGAGAACGUGGUGUUUUGACGCUUUUCCAAGCAUUGAGAAGGUCUCCAAAAUUGUUUCACCUGUGCUAGUCAUUCACGGAACAGAAGAUGAAGUUAUAGAUUUCUCACAUGGUUUAGCCAUUUACGAGCGGUGCCCACGUACUGUGGAUCCUCUUUGGGUUGAGGGAGCAGGUCACAAUGAUGUCGAACUGUACGGGCAAUACCUUGAGAGGUUGAAACAAUUUAUACAGCAUGAACUAGUGACAAAUUGAUCUAGGAUACCAACAUUUUUCAGACUCUAAUUUGUAGUUUAGUUUUUAUUGUUUAAAAGCUACAUGUAGUAAAUAUUGUUGCUGUUGCAUGCAAUCAGUAGUGGGAAAAUCAGUGUUGUCAGCAAAAUAAUAAUUAAUAGCUUAUUUAAUUUAUAACUAAUUUAAACCUUGAAACCUUGAUGUCAAUAUUCAAAAUCCUUGUACAGAUCUCAUUUAAAUCUGUAAAAGUGAUUUAAUCGUAUUGCCAUUAUCUGGCCCUGUUGUUUUGUCGUAAUGUCUUGAGAAAAAUUCAGAUCUGAUCUUUAAAGCAGCUACAACUUGCUGUGGCUAUUGACUGUGGCUAUCAAAUGGUUAUUCAACAUUGGAAGUUUAUGUUAUUUACUUUGAUUUAUACAAAGUAGAGUUUGUUCACAAGAACUAUUUUUGUAUGGAUCUCAAUGUAAAUGUUUUCUUUUACAAAAUUCAGUAUGUUCCUAGUGUGUGGUAUAUAGAUUUGUUUCAAUUCCGUUUUGUUCAUCCUUGGUUUGUACAUUCACCUAAUUCUGUUAGUAAUUUACUUUAAGAAUCAACUGAACGUGUUAUGAAAUAUUCAUUUUUUUUCUUUUUUUUUUUUUUGCAACCUACAUUUUGGUUACUACGUAAUCAUUAUUAAUAGUAUUUUGAAACAAUUUCUCACUUAAGAAAUUUUAUCAAACGUUUUAUUUCUCUGUAUUGUGAUCUCCCUUUGUGGAGGUGAAUUAACUCUGGUAUUUUCUUGCUUUCAUCAUUUGGAGCAGUGUAAAUAAUACUUGAUUGUUAGAUGGGAGUUCGGGUUGACCAAAGAUGAUUUCUGAGAUUGUUAUAGAAUCCUUCAGUAAUAUUUGAAGAACAGUUACAAUUACAACCUGUGAUUACAAGUUGGAAGAUGAUUAUUAUGAAUAUUAGGGAGGAGUCUGGAUGUAUUAUGUUUUUACAUUAUUGAUGAUCAGAGCCAUCGCUAAGUUUGAAGUAGCUGUUGUUGAUUAUGUACAUACAUGUAUAAGCAGUUAGGAAGAACCAAUCUGUCAGGAUUUUGUUUUAGUAUGAAGUACAAUACUUCUGAAGGGUCAUUGCAUUCCUCAUGACGUAACAAAAUGCUCCACUUGUGUUGACAACACUUGUGUCUCCUCUAAACAGUCUGUCAUCAUUAAUGUUUUACAAAUAUUUUGUGAAAUUAAUUAGUAAAAUGGUUAACAGAGAUUUUGAACAAUGUUGACCAGAGGGAGUUCUUUUUUAAUCUAGUUGCAAAGAAUAAUAUAAGUAGUUAACAAAUUCAUAUUGUCUUGGUUUUCCACAUAAGUAGGAUUUGCAAUCCAUGGAAUUUAAGGCUAUUAGUAGUUCAUAGAUAACAGAACUGAAUUAUUAGGUUGUUUGCCCUAGCAUAAGGUCUACAUGAUUUCCAAUCAGUCUUUCAGGGAAUAUACAAAUUUGUAAAUAUAUGAAGGAUGUUUCUGUGUUCAAAGCCCCAAAUAACUUCCUGAGAUUUUACAGUUGAAGUUUCUGUAGUCAGUUUUGAUCACUUGUGUGUAAAAGAGAAAUGAAUAAACUCUCUAUUUGUGAA